UAUUCACUGGUGAUUAUAACAUGUUAGUGUUUCUGUAUAACAGCACGAGCACCUGACAUUUAAACGUUAAGUGAGUUCAUCCAUUAAUCAUUUCAUCAUGUUGGUAUGAUGUGACAAGGUUGAGUCAGUUGUUUUUAAACACGCGGUCGAACAACACGGACGAAAACAACGCGGUCGGGACGAUACGAUUUUUAACGGUACAACGGGCUAAAAGAACGGUACGGUAGUGAUCACAGAUGGAACUCAGCUAAUAGCUGGAAUAUCAUGCACGAUAAUGAGAACGAUAAUUGUUGGACUGAUUCCGGUCAGUUCCAGCAUCGUUCGUCCAGGCGGCCGUCCUGGUAGUGAUGAACGAUAUUGAAAGCAAGCGGCAAGAUGGCUUCCCGAACGCGUGUCCAGCCGUCAUUCCAAUUCGCGACGGCAACCAUUGCUUGCAUUCUCUAGAUGCAACAGGACUGGGAAAUGCAAAGAAGAUGAGAAGUGUCCAAGGCGAUCACCAUCUCACCCUUAUUCCUAAGCAACACUCACGCCUCAUAUUCAUCCUUCCCGAGGCGUACUACACGGGCUCCAUCUCACGCCUCACGCGUAUAUGGAGAGAAUGGCAUUCUAUCUCACGCGAACUUCCCUGGUGCAUCGAUGACAUCUCACCACGCAUCAAACACUGGAUCAUGCGUGUGUUUGGUAAAUCCAAGAUUACCAACAGCAGCAAAAGCGGAAAUCCAGGUUGUGUCUGCGAAAUAAGAUGUUAAUCUACAAACAGAUAUUCCGACC